CUAGUCAAAGGUACGGUUUCUUUCCGUUCUCUCUGGUGUGCACGUGUUGCGAGUUGUUUAGAGUGGGUGACAGGCGCUUGGAAUGUCGAAGAAGAAACACGGAGGCUCCCUGGGCCGCAGCCUGAUCAAGCAGAAGCCGACGAGCCGGCUGUACGACUCGUCGGCACUGCAUACGACGGAGCUGAAUGAUGGCUACGACUGGGGCCGGGCCAACGUCACUAGCAUCACUGAGCAGAAUGACUUGGAUGAAUUUCUGGCAACAGCAGAAUUGGCAGGUGUUGACUUCACAGCUGAGAAGCAGAAUGUGACGGUGGUCAGUGUGGGCAGUGUGGUGCGUGGUGUGCUGUCUGAGCGAGAGCGUGCCAACCUGCGCACUCUGCAUGAGAGGCACAAGGACCUGCUGCGCAUACCAAGGAGGCCUCCUUGGGAUGAGAGCACCAGUGCUGAGGAACUUCAUGCCCUGGAGAAGGAGAGCUUUGUGGCCUGGCGGAGACAGCUGGCUGAGCUCCAGGAAACGGAUGGCCUGAUGAUGACGCCUUAUGAGAAAAAUCUCGAGUUUUGGCGACAACUGUGGAGGGUCAUCGAGCGCAGUGACGUGGUUGUGCAGAUAGUGGAUGCUCGGCAUCCCCUGCUGUUCCUGUGCCAGGACCUGGUGCAGUAUGUGGCCGAGACGGAUGCCAGUAAAUGCAGCCUGCUGCUCCUCAACAAGGCUGACUUACUCACACGGCAUCAACGUGAGGAAUGGAGCCAGUACCUGGGCUCGAUUGGCAUUCGGGCAGUGUUCUUCUCUGCACUCCUCGAGGGCCAAGAAGGAAAGCAAACAGUGCCAACCUGUACAGCAAGGAUGAGCUGCUGCAGCUGUUCCGCACCAUCCAUCCAGAGUCAAGACGAUCCAAUGGCAAGACUGUUGUUGUUUGCAUACAGGUGGGCUACCCCAAUGUGGGCAAGAGUUCAACCAUCAACGCACUCGUCCGCAGCAAGAAGGUCUCCGUGUCCACCACACCAGGCAAGACCAAGCAUUUCCAGACGUUGAACCUGGACGAUGAACUGUGCCUUUGCGACUGUCCCGGCCUGGUUUUCCCCAAUUUCGUGAGCAACAAGGCUGAGAUGGUUGUCCACGGAAUCUUGCCCAUUGACCAGAUGACGGACCACGUUCCUCCCGUCAACCUCGUGGCCAGCCUGAUCCCGAGGCACGUGUUGGAGUCCACCUACAGCAUUUGUUUGCCCACACCCCACGAGACUGAGGACCAAGACAGGGCACCCACUGCAGAGGAGCUGCUCAAUGCCUAUGGAUACAUGCGAGGCUUCAUGACACAGAGUGGGUUGCCAGAUAACCCACGUGCGUCGCGCUACAUACUCAAAGACUUUGUUAAUGGAAAGUUGCUCUACUCUGUUGCGCCACCUGGUGUGGACCAGAAGGAGUACCACACGUUCCCGCCGCCCGCCAUCAGAACACGUCGGCCUCUGCUCACCUUUGACCGGCCACCACAGCUGCGGCGCUCACAGGACCUCAAGACAACAAGUAAGGACAUUGACAGAAGCUUCUUUCAGAAGGCUGCUCCCCGGGCACACGUGAAGGGCCGCAUUGCUCCCGGAGCAUCAGGAACGAGUGGUGCUGAUAGUCUGUCAGCAGACAGCAAACCCUGGAAGAAACAUCACAAUGCCGGCAAGAAGCAGAAGCUAAGAAGAAUCUACGCCGAGCAUGAUGCUUGAGCUCCUUCAUCAGUUUGGAACUGUUCUGUAUGGCCAUGGUUCCUACGACAUUGCGUGGGAGGCAUUGGUUAAGAAGGCUUGGCACAGAUGCUGCCCUGAAUCAUGUGGUCUGCUUUUCUUUUUUUGGAGUUGGACUCGCCCAUAAUUCUACUCUUCUUCUUGAAAGAUGGCUUUUCUGAAAAUCAGUUCUGCGGAAUCCCGCAAGGUGGCGGAAGGGUUAAGAAAGGGAAAAUAGAAUUUCUUUGUGGCUUCGUGCUACAAAUGGGUGGUUGCCUAUUUUCCCUUUCUUAAAUAUCGUUUCUGCUGAAGGUAAAGGAGGAGAGCAUGACGGCAAGAGUGUUUCUCUGAUAUUUUUCGCAAGAGUAAUACGAACAUACAAGACAAUCCAUUACACGCUACGCUGACAACGAUACGGGACGAAGCGGCGCUGGGUGACGUGUAGCGCCGCGUCGUCACUUCUGGUAUGCGCAACCGACACGCCUGUACCUAGGUGCUGCCGUGUUGUGCUUGCGCAGCAUAGUUUGUGCAGUUUUCGGCUGCAGGCUAAGCAAGUCGCCUUUGAAGCC